AUGGCAGCGUCCACGUCGUAUGCGGCGUGGGACAAGUACGAUGUUGACGAAGUGCUGCAGCAACUUGACGAAGCUGACGCCCGCGAAGCCAAGCUCAAGGAGAAGCAGCAGUUAAUGAAGAAGAAAGACGGGAUUGUGGACGAAGCUGGGGACUCGGCCGAAGUCGCGGCCACGAGAGCAGCGGUUGCGGCGUUAAAAGCCAAACGUCUCGUCGAGCGAAACAAGAAAGCUGGAGGUGGAAGUAGCAAUGCAGGGACGGACAGCGGCAACAACACCGUGGCGGUCCUUGAGAAGCAGGCACGUCUGCUCCAGCGCAAGAGUGCCAGCAUCCAGACCGCCAUGCGAUCUCGCGGUCGCGGGAGUGCAUUCCUGGCAAAGAACAGCGCCACGGACGCUCUGGCAUCGUUUCAUGAAGCCCUUCGAGCCAUCACAGACCUCGAUGACGUGAUUCCACAAUUGAACGACGUUCAAACCGAGAUUGAUGAAUCCGUCAAGUUACCAUCGUCCUCUGCGCAUGACCACGGACCACAUGGUGGUUGUGCAACCGAUGGCAACGCCCCUUGUAGUCACAGUCAUCCCAGUCGAGAGACCAACGGCCCGCCGUCGCUUCCAAAGAGCUCCGACUUGAAAGGCAUUGCCAAGAUGCUUCGAGUAGACUGUUUGCUUGGCAUUGGCAAGUGUCACAUGGAGCGGUGCCAUUACGCGGCGGCGUCCGAGUCGUUUCGAGAUGCGAUUCUCAUCGACGGCGACAACUUGGACGCGUGGAAGCUGCGCGCGGACGCCUUUGCCCACAUGGGCGCGCCGUUGAUUGCGUUGCUGCAUCUCAACAAAGUCGUCGCCAUGGAAGGCGAAGGAGGGGAUGGCCAAGCUCAGCUCGAAACGUUGCAAGCAGAGGUCAUUGACCCAACCUACAACGAAGAGGACGGGUACACGGCUGCCAUGACGUACCUGGUUCGUGCUCCGCCGCACGAAUCGCUGGCUCGGAUGCUCCUCCUUCGCCACGAAGCAGACGUGAUCAUGAUCGAAGGCUUUUACACGUACUCGACGCACAAGUACCGCGCUAUUCUCGACACGUUGUCGACUCUACUCCAGGCCACCCCUCAUCUGCACCACCCCGCCCUCGAUCAAUUGCGGUUGGCAUGCCACGUCAACAUUGCGAGCGGGUACUUGGACAUGCACAAGAACAUUCGUAGCGCCGUGAACCACUGCCUCGCCGCGCUUGCGAUCGAUCCUACCGCCGCCGCUGUGCGCUACCGACUAGGGCAUGCUUACCGCGUCUUGGGCAAGUUUGACCUGGCGACGUCCCAACUCACCACGGCGCUGUCGACGGGCAACAACCAAAGCUACUGCUGCUGCGAUCACGGCCGAGCUGGACCGAGUCGCGUUUGA